AUGUCUAAAAUGUUAACGACGGUGAGCGGACGGCUCACGGUGAGGUGCUUUGAAGCGGGGAACGCCAAUCCUGAGCGGACGGCUCAACCCGCAGCGUUCCAGAAGUGCGCAGUGUUUACGACGGUGAGCGGACGGCUCGCGGUGAGGUGCCUUGAAGCGGAGGACGCCAGCCAAUUGAGCGGACGGCUCAAUCUACUCCCUGUAACGACGCACCGUUUGGACCUCACAGAACAAGCUAUCCAGAGUCAUUCCGGUGAAGCAGUACCCAGUACUGCUGGUAAAGAGCUGUCACAUACGACCCGAACCAACUGGAAGGCUGCGCAAGCGAUAGCGGAGCAGUAUUGGAAACGUUGGAUUAAGGAAUACCUACCAACAAUCUCGAAACGAGAAAAGUGGCUAAAACUAUCCAAGCCGGUGCAAGUAGACGACAUCGUCACAUUCCCCGACGAAAAUAGGAUAGGAAAGUGGAUUAAAGGGCGAGUCACAGAAACCUUUGCUGGUCAAGACGGGAUCGUAAGAUCGGUCAGACUCAAGGUAGGGCAAAACGAGUAUCGUAAGGCGGUGGUGAAUCUAGCAGUUUUGGACGUAAAACCAAGCGACCAAAACCAAGACAACUCCCACCAACUUGGGGAAGGAAACGAAGCUUAG